AUGAAGCUCAUUUUAAUGUUUAAUUUACUCUUUGUAUUGAAGUUUGUGAAAUCAUACAGUGAUCCAAAUCAUAAAUAUACUAUGCUGCUUUCACUCUUGAGGCCGAAUUGGUCUUUUAAAGAUAGGGGCAUCACCUUAGUUACUCCAAUGUGUGAGGUGCAUAAACGCUAUCCGUAUAACAGGCCUAUUGGCGUCACAGUCUAUGGGCUAACUAGGGAUUUCACUGCUGUAUUAACAGGGUAUGGACUCGACCAGGACAGAACGAAGCCAAGGUCAAAUAAGGGCUAUUUGUAUGGCUGGAAUUCUAGAGUAAAGCCAUCGUACAACGGCAAAGUCAGUUUCCUGUUCUACUCAGACUUUGCUGUUCCAAAGCCUGUCAAGGGGCAAAGUGUUGAGUUUUGCUCCCAUAUAUACUCUCCACCAUUAAAAAUAGGACCCUCUGUCAGGAAAGCUCUCGGUUCCAGCGUUGACGACCCCAAUAGAAACUUUAAUUCUGACGAAAAGCUGGACUUGGUCAUAAGACGUGAAGGCAACCCUCAUUCUAGGAAAAUCGCAAGCUGUUGCUUCUUAACGCACGGAUAG